AUGGACGCCGGUGGCGUGGCAACGUCCUGCGGGGCAGGGAGCUGGCAGGGGAGGUGGCCGUGCCACCGCCCCUCGGCGGGACCCCGGUGGGCAGCGGUGCGGGCGGCGAGCGUGUAGCCAGCUGCCACCCUCCGCACCUCUCCCUGACAGCUCUUGCCCUGCGCUGCCGGAGGCUGUCACCAUGACCCUCACCAAAGGCUCCUUCACCUACUCCAACGGGGAGGAGUACCGCGGCGAGUGGAAGGAAGGUCGCAGGCAUGGUGUUGGGCAGCUGACAUUUGCUGAUGGCACCGCUUACGUGGGGCAUUUUGAGAACGGGCUGUUCCACGGCUGCGGCGUGCUCACCUUCUCUGACGGCUCCAGGUACGAGGGGGAGUUCGUGCAGGGCAAGUUCAACGGCGUCGGCGUCUUCACCCGCUGCGACAACAUGACUUUUGAGGGCGAGUUCAAAGGCGGGCGGGUGUAUGGCUUCGGUCUCCUGACCUUCCCCGAUGGCUCCCACGGCGUGCCCCGCAAUGAGGGCUUCUUUGAGAACAACAAGCUGCUGCGGCGGGAGAAGUGCCCGGCUGUCAUCCAGAGGGCCCAGGGUGCCUCCAAGUCUGCCCACAACCUGACAGCGUGACGAUGCCCCACAUCCCCUCCCACUGCAGAGGGACCCCCAGACUGGGCAUCGGCUGGCCCUGACGUCCCCAGAGCAGGGAUGUGGCACUGCUGGGUGCCCCCUUGCCCUCUGUCUCUACCAAGCCCCCCUGCCGAACCCCCGUGGCUGGGGGGAGACCCCUCCACCCAAGUGCCCCAGGGCAGCCAUGGUGCCUUCUCUCUCUGGCUAUAGCCCUGGCACCUGCUGGAGCAGCACGGGGACAGGGUGGCUAGGGCUCGGCUCCUCUGCCCCCAGGAAGACUGUGGAGCACUGGGGCUGCUGGCCUGCUGCAGAGGAUGGAGCAGGGGUGUAGGGCUGAGCCCUGACCCCACUGCCAGGGUGCCUUGGCUGGGAGCUGCUGGCUGGACCACGUGCUCACAGAGAGGCAGCUCCUGGUCCACUUCACUAUCCUGGUUCUGAGGCAGGGUGGGCACCAUGUGGCCUGUGCCUGUUCUAG